AUGGCUGCCGAAGGAGGGGGAGCCAAGCCCAUCGCCCAGUCCAGGAUGGAGAACUUCCGAAAGGUGAGGACCUCGGAGGAGGAGAGCCCCUUGCCCUUCCCUGACCUGCCCCCAGAUGUGGUGGAGAUGAAAGUCAAGGAGGGCAGCAAGAUCAGGAACCUGAUGAACUUUGCCAUGGCCCAGAUGGAGCUGAAGGGCAGCCGGCAGAUCGUCUUCAGUGGCUGUGGCAGGGCAGUCACCAAGACCAUCACCUGCGUGGAGAUCAUGAAGCGGAAGCUGGGAGGUCUUCACCAGGUCACCAAGGUGCGCUACAAAACCUUGAUGGAGGUCUGGGAGAACCAGGACCCGCUGCCUGGUGGCCCGGCGCAGAACCUGACCGUCCACAAGAACGUCCCCUCCAUCUGCAUCCUCCUCUCCCGAGACCCCCUGGAUCCCAACCAGACGGGCUACCAGCCCCCGGAGCCCCAGCAUGAGCUGGGGACACAGCUCAGUGAGGCAGCAGAAGACACGGCCAGCUCCUCCACCAAGAGGCUGAAGCGGCCCCUGCCACCUCCCUGCGAGGAGCUGCUGACCAAGAAGGUUCAGGUACAGGUACCCAACAGCCCAAGGGGCUCGGGGUCCAUGGACCAGCAGCCGGAGCACCACCACUGA